UUUCACAUGGCAGAAAGUAGCACAAAGUUUGCGAAAUUGGCCACUUUUCCAGCGCUCCACUGCCGGAAAAGUGAUUUUGGCGCAUUGGAAGAGGCCAACACAUGGAUUCGCAUUCUCAGUUGGGGGGGCCAUGAGGGCGGAGGACGGUUCACCUUGAAGAGCACUGCGAGUGCCCUUGAAGGUCAUAUGGCAGCACCGGCAACCGGCUGCAAGGACUGGCGAUCGGUUUUUAGGGUCACCUAACUUUGACCGCAGUCGCUCUCGUUCCUCUCACCGUGGUUGAUCGAACAGAAACAGAACUCGCCAGGAUGGCCUACACAACCAAAAAAGUGCCGACCACUCCAUUCGAUGGGCAGAAACCCGGGACCAGUGGCUUAAGAAAGGCAGUCAAAGUUUUCCAGCAGCCAAACUACACCGAGAACUUUGUCCAAAGCAUUUUAAACGUGCUUGGAGACAAGUUGGCCGGCAGCACUCUAGUCGUCGGCGGGGACGGCCGUUUUUUCGGCAAGGAUGCUGUCAAAAUCAUCAUCAACAUGUGUGCGGCAAAUAGGGUUGGAAAGCUAUUUGUUGGUCAAAAUGGGAUCCUUUCAACCCCUGCUGCUUCUUGUUUGAUUCGCAAACACCAGACAGCAGGGGGUAUAAUUUUGACUGCUAGCCACAACCCUGGAGGCCCUGAUGCAGACUUUGGAAUCAAAUUUAACACUUCUAACGGAGGACCUGCUCCUGAUGCUGUCACCAAUCAAAUUUACUCUUUAACCACUAAGAUAUCUGAGUACCUCAUCACCGAUUCGCCGGUUGCUGUUGACCUGUCAAAAAUUGGAUCCAAUACGUUCACUAUUGAUGGCGGCCAACAGUUUACAGUUGAAGUUAUUGAUUCUGUUUCGGACUACCUUCUUCUUAUGAAAGAAAUAUUUGAUUUUGAAUCAAUCAAAAAAUUGCUGAGCGGUUCGUCAGGAAAGCCGUUUAAAUUGCUAUUAAAUGCAAUGCAUGGAGUCACUGGGCCUUAUGUGAAGCGCAUUUUUGUUGAAGAAUUGGGGGCUGGCGAUGAUUGCUGUGUGAAUACAACUCCUUUAGAAGAUUUUGGAGGUCAUCACCCAGACCCCAACUUGACCUAUGCUGCUGACUUGGUGAAAGCUAUGGCUGAAGGAAACCACCAACUGGGAGCUGCGUUUGACGGAGACGGAGACCGCAACAUGAUCUUGGGUGAAAAAGCGUUCUUUGUCACUCCAUCUGAUUCACUGGCAGUAUUGGCAGCCAAUCUAGAGUGCAUUCCAUACUUCAAAAAGACAGGCGUUCGAGGUUACGCAAGAAGCAUGCCCACCGCAGCCGCUGUUGAUAGAGUCGCAAAGGAAACGGGAAAAGAGUUUUUUGAAGUGCCCACUGGCUGGAAGUACUUUGGCAACCUGAUGGACGCUGGAAGGCUGUCAUUAUGUGGUGAAGAAAGCUUCGGCACUGGUUCAGAUCACAUUCGUGAGAAAGAUGGUGUUUGGGCUGUGCUCGCGUGGCUCUCUGUUUUGGCACACACAGGCCUUGGCAUUGAACAACUUCUAAAGCAGCACUGGGCCCGCUUUGGAAGGAAUUUCUUCACAAGAUACGACUAUGAAGGGUGUGAAUCAGAUCCAUGCAAUAAAAUGAUGGCAGAGCUGGAAGCCAAAGCGAUAGAGCCAUCUUUCGUGGGCACUUUACUGACUGCUGCAUCUUCUGGAAAGGUUUAUACUGUGGCCAAAGGAGAUAACUUUGAAUACACUGACCCCAUUGAUAACAGCGUUGCUAAGGGACAGGGAAUUCGAGUUCUUUUCUCUGAUGGAUCACGAGUGAUCUACCGCUUGAGUGGAACAGGCAGCGCAGGAGCUACAGUUCGGCUCUACAUUGACAGUUAUGAAUCUGAUAGUUCCAAGCACAGUCUAGAUGCUGAGGAAAUGCUGGGCCCUCUGGUUGAAAUCGCCCUUCAGCUGUCCCGCCUUGAACACUUCACUGGCCGCUCAAAGCCUACAGUCAUCACGUAAUUGGCGUAGUAAGUACUAAAAUAACUUCGUGCCAUGUUUUCUUGUCAAAAUUUAGGGGUAUGUGACAAGGUUGUAUCGUUUUAACCAUUUUAACACAAUUCGCAUUGCGGCUACAUUCACCUUAAUCUAAGCAAGGAUAAUAGUUUCACACAAACCUUAGCAUAACCCAAGCAAUCCCUCUUCAACUCUACCUCUUGUUGUUAGUGUUUUCUCUUGAAUAUUGUGUUUUAAUAGCAAAAACAGUAGCCUUUUAUAAGGAUUUGUAAAUUGUAAGGACGAGUUAAUUUUCUCCUGUAACUUAAGAGAUAUAAUAAUGGUGGUUGGGAGUAUUCAAUCUUAAUGUCAGUUAGUUAUAGGAAUGUGGGAUUCAUGUAUUUCGGUCUAAGCAAAUUCUUAAAAACUGUUAUAAAACAUUUUACUCUUUUUGGCUCAGAGAUAUAUCUUUGGCGUGAAUUUACUGUAAUUUUUAACACUAAUUUUGAUGAAUAUGAGCUGAAAUCCAUUUUAAAAUAUUUAAAUCCUAGUCCCUAAAUUUCUGCACAAAAAUUGAUGGAACGAUUUACUAUUUUUUCGCGUUUCACCUGCAAGUAUUAGUUUUACCUUUGCAUUCUAAAUACAGCUAAUGUAAAUACUAUGCAUUUUAACAAUGUCUGCGAAAUUACAGCUUGCGCUAUGAAAUAUAUCUUAAAAUAAUUGAUAAGGAAGAGCAGCGGACAUUGCUUAGCAAACUGCUGGAUAAACUUCAUUUUAACUUUACUUUUAACCAAAUACUGACUUUAUACAUUGGCCAAACACAUCUUAAAUAGUUUGUUAACACAUUUUACGUAGCAUACCAAACAAUUAAAUUCGAAAAAAUAAGUGUAGGUGUCGCACACAUAGCAACACUUUAAAAUCCUCCAAGCACCUCACCGUAAACACACAUUAUAAUACAUAUUAUACCAAACAGGAUAGGGAAGGGAGGAAUGAUAACUGCCAAGUAAAGCUGUGAAAAGGAUAUUUUUGUGAACUAGAUUUUAAAGGUAAUCAUUUGAUAAAUAAUGAUUUAAAACAAAAUUUUAAGCACGAGCACAAUUUGCAUUAGCGAUUGUUGCUCAGUGUGCUCAUUCAGCAGAGAAUUGUUACAAAUUAAAACUCAGUUUGAUUCUGUGAAAAUGGGCGCUAAAAUUGUUUAAAAUCAGAACUUUUCUAUUAGCUUUUACAACCAUGAAAAGUGUAAAUACUUUACCCAAAACUCUUUAAUUUGUUAUUGUUAUGCAAAACUCAAAAGAUCAUCGUUUCAAUUGGCCAAUCUGACGUUGACAUGCCCAGAAAGACUUAAUAUAAUCAGUAGGAACGUAUUGAAAAUACUUUUAAACCGAAACUCUUGUAAAGGAGAGUGACAUCUCCGGCGCUGACAGCCACGAGCAGCGCCGGGUCAGUGACCAGCCAUGACUGCCUGUUGUUGUAUGAUAGACUGGACUUUCUCUACUCGGUAUCUAUCUGCUUGAUCCGUAGUUUGUAGAAGGGCACCUUUCGAAGGCGGUCCUGGUGACCGUUUCAAGGGGCUCUUGCUUUGUUUCCAUUGUCCAAUUUUUGUUUGCACCGUUUCAAACGAAUCUGCUGCGACGCACCAAACACUCGCUAUAGCUAGAAAUAUUGAGCUAAAUGCCCUGACACGAUUGAUGGGUUCAUUUUAGCUUUGCUUAUUGUAAAUAUUUUGACGCACUCUUUCUCGGAAAUAUAUAUUUCGCCUCAACGCACUUAUUAUGAAUCUAAGCUGGGAAUUCAAUGAAUUUUUGUGCAGUUAGAAAAAAAGACCACUCAUCAGCUCUAUAUGAAAAUGGAUUUCAGUUUAUAUUGUCAUUUUGUUCUAAAAAUGUAAGCUACUUUAAACAUGUUUGACAGGCUCUGGCUUGUUUUCUGAAAUGCCCAUGAACUGUAUGAAUUGGAAUUAAAUAAUAAUUAGGAUAACCAUAAAA